GUCCAAAGUGUAAACAGCACAGAGAGGCCUCCAAGCAGCUGAUGCUGUGGCGCCUUCCAAAUGUGCUCAUUAUCCAGCUGAAGCGCUUCUCCUUUCGCAGCUUCAUCUGGAGGGAUAAAAUCAAUGACAUGGUGGAAUUCCCUCUCAGGAACCUGGACUUGAGCAAAUUUUGCAUAGGCCAGAAGGAUGACCGGCAACUUCCAACCUAUGACUUGUAUGCAGUCAUCAACCACUAUGGGGGCAUGAUUGGGGGCCACUACACCGCUUAUGCCCGCCUGCCUAGUGACAAGAGCAGCCAGCGGAGUGACGUGGGCUGGAGACUAUUUGAUGACAGCACAGUGACCACAGUAGAUGAAAGCCAGGUAGUGACCCGCUACGCCUAUGUCCUCUUUUAUCGUCGGCGAAACUCUCCUGUGGAGAGGCCUCCAAGGGCCCCUUCGGCUGACCACCACCCUGACCUGGGCCCAGCUACUGAGGCGGCCACCAGCCAGCAUGCGGGUAUAGUGGGCAUAAUCUAUCCUUCAACUCGAUCCGUCAACUCUGCUCUCCACCUCCUCCCUCACUGGGCUGGGCUCCAUGGGAAUGCCAGGGGACCGUCCCCUCUGACCACGCCUGGCACAUAGGAGGAACUCGAGAUGUGGGCAGAACAAGAACUCUCUACCUGAAGAGAUCAGUCAUAGGCCAAGGCCAUUGGAGCUUUGGCUUAUGGGGGAAAGAAAACCACGCUGUGAUUGUUUAAGCCCUGGAAGUGCAUGGGGCAGAGCUGCACUGCGAUUGGCUGACCAAGUUAUCUGGGUCAGGGAAGAAAAGCUGUGCUGUGUUGGGAUGUCUUCUGUGAGCAAGACUCCUUUCAUCCAGAGGAGAACUGAGCAGUGAUAACUGGAUCCUUUUUGAUCCUGGGGGCUGGAAAGCUGAACUCUGAUUGACUGUCUGAGUGAGAUACAUUGUGCUGGAGAAAGUCAUGCCAGGAUUGCCCUGUGCCCCCUUGAAAUUCACCUCAGAUGAUCACUACAGAUGGCUACCACCUACCUUCUGACUGCUUGACCCUGGGACUGCAGGUGGACAGCCCCAGCACCCAUUCCUAGGGUGGCCAGGGUGGGGCU